AUGCUAAUUGCGGCGCGAUGCAAGAUUUAUUCCCCAGAUCACACCAACAGCAGCUUCCCCUCCAACCCUUCCACUCCCGUGGCCUCGCCGCCGUCGCUCGCAGGGACGGCAGCUUGGGCCAGGAAUGGCGGGCAAGCGUCUUCGUCGCCCAAUUACGAGGGGCCCUUGCACUCCUUGAGCCGCAUCGAGGAUCGCCUGGAGCGCUUGGACGACGCCAUCCACGUCCUGCGCAACCACGCCGUGGGCGCCGGCGAGCCCCACGCCGCCGGCUACGGCGCCGGCCUCUUGGCCAACCGCCUCAUGAAACUUAUGGACCUCGAGGUUCCGUGGCCAAAAUUUGGUGGCUUUUGGAGCUGGAGAAGACCUCCUGAUGAGGCGAGGAACCUCGGAGAAGGUCCACCACAAAGUUCUGGAGAUGCUGAUGGUGGAUCUGGGUUGUCUUCUCCAGGAGCGGCCACCGGGGUCUCGUCAGGAAGCUCCGAGAUGAAGUCGGAGGACGAAGGCGACGAGAACCUCCAGGAGGUCAAGGAGGACAAGAAGAAGCUGGAGGACGAGGAGAAGAAGGACAUCAAGGCCAUAACUAGGUCGAGAUCUAGCGCCAACGACGACGAGGACCUGACGCCGGAGCAGAAAGCCGAGCGGGAGAAAGAACGUCGCAUGGCCAACAACGCCCGGGAACGUCUUCGCGUGAGGGACAUCAACGAGGCCUUCAAGGAGUUGGGGAGGAUGGUGCAGCUCCACCUGAAGAGUGACAAGCCCCAGACGAAGCUUCUCAUUCUCCACCAGGCCGUGGCUGUCAUCCUCAGCUUGGAGCAGCAGGUCCGAGAGAGGAAUUUGAACCCCAAGGCGGCGUGUUUGAAGAGGAGGGAAGAGGAAAAAAUCCCUUCGGAGCCGCCGCCCUUGGCCAUGGCCGGAGCGCACGGAGUCAUCGGAGACGGCGCCAACCACGUGGGGCAGAUGUAGG